GGAAGAGACGGCGACUGGCUGCGAUGUAAAUAUUGAGCAGAGGAUGCUAACCCUACCCACGUCAACUAAAGGACAGCAACUCCUCGUCAAGUGGAGCAAAGAUGAAACCUGCCGCAUUAUCGGACAUAUUAAGUUUUAGACAUCAGAGUGAGAGCCUGUAGCCAUGGAGGUUGGAGUUUCGACAAAAAACAAUCAAAGCACCAUCCCCACUGUCGAGGAUUUGGAUUCUUUUCUAAACAAGCACAAUUCAAACUUCAUCUGGCUGCUUGUUGCCACCAUUUUGUCCUGUGGAUGGAUCAUCUAUUUAACCUAUUACAACUCCCGCAACAUUGGCCUUAUCCUCACCCUCAUCAUCAACAGACUCUACAAGGAUGGCUACAUUCACAUCGGCUCGUUCUCCUUCUCUGUGCUGUCUGGGAAAGUCAUGUUCAGAGAUGUUUACUACAUCAACCAAGACAUGUCUAUCAGGAUACAGGAUGGAUUUUUCAUAUUUCGCUGGUGGAAAAUGUACAACCCAAAACAAAAGCAGCAUGAUCCCAAGGCAGAGACCAGGCUAUACGUAACGGUCAACGGUUUUGAGUUCCACGUCUACAACCGGACGGAGCUCUACGCACGGCUGCAGGAAACAUUCGGACUGGAGCCCACACUCCUAACGCCCAAGAAGGAUGGAGAGAAGGGGCCAGAAGACGGAGAGAACACCCUGGGAAGUGUCAACAUCAAAGCAGAAAGUCCGGACCCCACGUCUUCUUGGCGCUCUCUUAUUCCUGUCGUUAAAGUCAACAUCAGCACUGGACGUUUGGCGUUUGGGAAUCACUUCCUGCCCCAGACUCUUUGUGUGAACUUUGAAGACGCCUUCCUGACGUACGCCACCAAGCCUCCAUCCAGCCACCUGGACCAGUACAUGCACAUCGUCAAAGGCUCGCUGGAGAAUGUGCGGGUUAUGCUGGUUCCCAGUCCGCGCUACGUGGGCCUGCAGAAUGAUGAACCUCCCAGACUGAUGGGUGAGGGCUUUGUGGUGAUGCAGUCAAACGACGUUGACAUCUACUAUUACCAGGAUGAACCCGGUCUGGUCCCGGUGGAACAGGAGAGUGGGGAUGCAGAGACGUGCACUGAGGGUGACAAGCUGCAGGACCUUCCUCCAUGCUGGGGUCUUGACAUUGUCUGUGGAAAAGGAACCGACUUCAACUAUGGACCCUGGGCAGAUCGCCAGAGGGACUGUCUGUGGAAGUUCUUCCUGCCUGCGGACUACCAGACCAUGAAGGUGACGGAGGUUUCCCAGCCAGGAAAGCCCCGACAGAUCCAGGCCUUCGAGCUCCGCAUGAACAUCAUUGCUGACGCCACCAUUGAUCUGCUUUUCACCAAAAACAGGGAAACCAAUGCCAUCCAUGUGAAUGUAGGUGCAGGUUCUUACCUGGAAGUUAACAUCCCCAUGACUGUUGGAGAGAAUGGCUACUCCUCCACCAUCAAAGGCCAGCUGCUUCACGUGGACACCACCAGCAGCAUGCAGUACAGGACUCUCCUGGAGGCUGAGAUGUUGGCUUUUCAUGUGAUAGCCAACUACCCUCGAGUGUGGAACAUGCCCCAGUCAUGGCAGUGUGAGAUUGAGGUGUAUAAGGCCACGUACCACUUCAUCUACGCCCAGAAGAACUUCUUCACUGACUUGAUCCGGGACUGGGCGAGUGACAGUGCCCCUGAUAUCUACUCCUUUGUGCCCUAUUCUUGGAAGUUCAAGAUCUUGUUCCACCAGUUUGAGAUGAUUUGGGCUGCAAAUCAGCACAAUUGGAUCGAUUGUUCCACCAAACAGCAGGAGAAUGUGUACCUGGCAGCCUGUGGGGAGACGCUCAAUAUAGAUUUCACUCUGCCUUUCAAUGAGUUUGUUCCAACCACCUGCCAUACCCGCUUCAGCUUGAAGGCAGAAGAUACGGACAUGCGACUGUCUCUACCGGAGUGCCACCCCAGCCGCUACCCCCUCCUCACCGUGGCCAAAGACUACCAGAACAUCAAGCUGCCCCCGGACAUGUUCAUGUCGGGGGAGAGUCAGGCAGCUCCCCCUCCAAAACCCAGCAAGCCCCGAUGGAGGAACAUCACCCACGCAGAAGCCGGUUGGGUGGACUGCUGGAGCGUGCCAAACUUCUUGCUCAUCAUUGACUACACCUGGCAUCCCAUUUACCCCCAGAAGGCUGAUGAGCAACUCAAACAGUCAUUGUCUGAGAUGGAGGAGUCCAUGCUAUCAGCUUUGCGGCCCCCAGAGCAAACCGCAAUGCCACAGAAUGCCCCACCGCGCUACACCUUCACCUCUGCUCCGGCUGCACAUAACCGGGCUCCCAGUGAUCCUUCAGAGCUGCCGCCCGACAGGCUGCAUGUGGAGAUAGAAAUGUCUCCAGAUUCUCAGAUCAUUCUCUAUGGGCCUCUGCUCCGAGCCCUGAUCGCCAUCAAGGAAAACUAUUUCGGUGAGGAUGACAUGUACACAGACUUCGAGGAAGCCGUUUCCAGCCCCGUGAUGUCCACGUCAACCUCCUCGGGUCUCGGCUGGUCUCCUUUGGGAGUGGACGACAAUGAACAGAAGGAAAGCUCCAUCCAUCCCCUGGACCUGCGGCCCUGGGACAUCACCGUGCUCAUUAACCUCUACAAAGUCCACGGGCGACUGCCAGUGCACUGCAGCAGUGAAGGUCCUGAAGGUCCAUCCGGCUUCCUGGAACGCCUGUGUUUUGAGAUGAAAAAGGGUUACAAGGAGACGAUGCUUCAGAUGCUGCUGUCACCCAUUCACAUCUUCGUCAGUGACAACUACCAGCGUCCAUCCACGGAUGGGGUGUUGAGAGAUGGACACCUGAGUUUGUCUGGGCUGCAGAUGAGGGCUCACGCCAUGUUCUCCGCUCAGGGGCUCCCUCUGGGGAGUGACACAUUGGAGUACGCGUGGCUCAUCGACAUGCAGGCCGGCGGGCUCACCGGCAGGGUCACCGUCCCUCAGUUGGCCAACAUGAUGGAGUGGGGGGAGACGUUCCUCUUUCACGUGGUUUCUCGAGAGUUCCAGCUGGAGCAACCCAAGCCCUCUGUCAUCUGCCAGCACGGCGUCGACCGUCGCAUCUGCGAUGCCAAGCUGAGCUGCCUGCCCGGUCACUGCCGCACAUCCGAGGAGCUGAAGUACACCAUGACCCGGCUGGCCAUGGAUGGAGUCGACCUCUUCAUCGUGGAGCACGGCUGCGCCGCCAAUGUUAAGACAGGAAUUGUACGUGUCGCCAACUGCAAUCUGCACAACCAGGCGGUGGGAGAGGGCAUCAGUGCCGUGGUGCAGGACGUAAACAUCCGGCAGUACAUCGAACAGCAGCAGAGCAGCGACGCCGCCAGGCUGCAGCUGGCCGGCCCGGGUCCAGGCCCGGGUCAAGGCCUCCAGCCCCCUUUACUCCGACGUUCUGUAUGGCUGGAGGCCGGCACUGUCAACCUGAACCUCAUCACCGCAGACAUCGCCCUGGCUGCCGACCACCCAGCCAAAUGUGAAGUUCAGAGACAUUUCCUGGAACUCCAUGACGCUCAGACCAAAAGGCUGUGGUUCCUGUGGCCUGAAGAAGCCAGCGUUCGCAACAAGCGCAGCAGGAACCGCUGCGGAUGCCUGGGCGGUUGCAGGUUCUUCGGCGGGACCAACAUGGGCCUGGACUACUUCAGGCUGGAGGAGCUGACACCCUCCUCCUCAUCGGCCUUCUCCUCCUCCAGCACCGAGUCCGACAUGUGCUACGGCCAGUCCUUGCUGCAGCCCGGGGAGUGGAUCAUUACAAAGGAAACCCCCAAAGUGGAUGGGAGGGUUGUAGGACUGAAAACAGACACGCACUCUCCUUGCCUGCCGCCUGAGCUGCCCGAGAGACGUGGUCAGCAGCAGCUCAGCCUCCAGGUGCCCCAACGCUCCCACAGCUCGGCCUCGUCCUCGGAGGAAAACAGCUCAUCUAGUGCUGCUUUACCUCUGCUGGCUGGAGAGAGGGACACGCCUUCCCCGAGCACCGAGGAACGCAUGUUCCCCGUGAACGGGAAAAGCCCCGCUGAGACCAUAGGGGAGGUCUCACCCGUGUCACCCAACAGCUCCCAGGGCCGCUCCUCUGUGCGCUCACCCCUCUGCUCACCUCUGAAGCGACAGUCAUCCGUGCAGUCCGGCCGGCUGGGCAGCACCAAGAGCCUGUCGGCCGCAGUCUUCACCGAGAAGCCGCCUCCGGUCCUCGCCGGAGGCGUCCAGUUCAGCACCGAGGUUUCCCGCAGCGACGAAAACGUCCUGGACUCUCCUCGUCAGCGGAGAAGCUACGGCUCAUUUCCCUUCACGCCAUCAGCGGACUCCAACACCUUCCAUCAGUACCGCUCCGCCGACUCCAGCAUGUCUGUGGCCGACAGCGAGGCCUACUUCUCUGCCGCCGAGGACUUUGAGCCAAUCAGCAGCGCCGACGAGGGUCCGGGGACGUACCCGGGCCGCAAGAAGAAGAGGAGGCAGCAGACCCAGCAGCCACAGCAGCCUCCGUAUCACAUGGAGAACUACAGCCGGAGUUCCAUUUAUCACAGCGUGGAGGGUCCCCUCACCUACGUCCUCAACGGGGAGCUGAUCACGGAGCGACCUCUGCCCCCACCCCCGCUGCCCCCGCUGCCCCCGCAGCCGCUGCCCAGCCACAUGUCCCAGGCCUCCUUCGUGUCGGCGCUGGCCCUGGAGGAGGAGAGCUCCGUGGAGGCGGAGAAGACGGCCGAGCCGGGGCCGGUGACGCGGCAGCCGCACGUCAUGGCCUGCUACCAGAGCUACCUCGCCCACUACCAGGUCUCAAAUUGGUCUGUCAAGCAGCCCACCAAUAAAAGGACGUCCAAGUCCUCGCUGCAUCGUCCCCUGGAUCUAGACACACCCACCAGUGAGGAGAGCUCUGGCUCCUUCGACCAGCUCUCUGUCCCCUGCUUUAAGCUGGUGAGGCAGGGCCUUUCUGCCAGCUCGCUGUUGGAUAGAGGAGUUCAGCUGAUGGGGGACAACAACAGUACGCCGUACACACCCCUGGAUAAGAGAGCGAUGGAGAACACGGACGAGGACACGACAACAGAGGACUGGAGUUUGGAGCAGCCGCUGGCUCAGACCAGAACCACUGCCAUCGUGGAGGUGAAGGGAGCCAUCAACGUGGUGCUCACGCCGCUGGUGGCCGAAUCCCUGGACAGAUACAUCGAGUCCAUGGUCCACUUCGCCAGUAUUCGACACCCGGCCGCCAUCCUGGACGACCUUCACGGCAAAGUUCUCACUGAAGCCUAUCAAAUAAGCAAAUCCACAGUCACCGACUCUAGCCAAACAGGCAAGCAGGAGCACAAGCUGUCCAAGACGGAGGGCACGACCCCGGGCUCGCUCAACAUUUCCCAGGGCCAGACGGAGCUGUCUGUCAAACCGGAUAAUGUGAAAAUCAAGGGCCUUCAGGCCAACGUCUCCAUCCCCAAGGUGAACCUUUGCCUCCUGCAGGCCUCCAUAGAGGAAGUGUCGCCUUCUUGCUCCAGCAAGUGUGUCACACAUGUGUCUCUGGUGGCGCUGUGCUUCGACAGGAUCGCCACACAGUUCAGGAUGAACAGGGGUAUCGUGGAGGAGAAUCCAAACACCACGGAACACGGCCGCCCCUCCGUGAUGUUAGAGAAGUACGCUUCAGCCACCAAGAUGCAGCCUCAGUCCUCCGGCUCACUGCGCUCCAACGCCGGCAUCGAGAAGGGCAAAGAGAUCGCUGCGAGGCUCAACAUCCACCGUAUCCACAGCCAGCUCCGCGGCCUGGACUCCACAGACAUCGGGACGUGCGCCAUCACAGCCAUCCCUUUUGAAAAGUCCAAAGUGCUCUUUGGCCUGGAAGAAAUAGAGGAGUUUACGAUGGUGGAUGAAACGGAUGCCCAAGUAACCCCGGGUGAUCUGGGCCGCGCCGCUCCUUCCCUCGAGAAAUGGGGCUGGAUCAUGUUUGAAUGUGGAAUAGAGAACCUCACUGUCAAAGGAGGGCGUCAGUCAGGGGCCAUUCUUUACAACGCAUUUGGGGUGAUGGGUCGCUCCGAUAUCGGAGGGAAGACCGGUAUGUCCAAGUCUAAUGGCUCCACCGGCUCUCAGACAGGAAGCGGUUACAGCACUGACGUGUCCGAUGACAACUUGCAGCACGACAACAUGAGUCCUGCCUCCGAUGUUAAUGAGCACUCCGACUCAGACGAGCAGGAUGAAGGAGUGGAGUCUGACGACCUGAAGAAAGACCUCCCUCUCAUGCCGCCGCCGCCCGACUCCAGCAGCAUGAAGCUGACCAUCAGGGAGAUCUGGUUCAGCUUCGCCGCUCCCACUAACGUGCGCUCACCUUCACAGUCCAUAUCCAGGCAGCUGAAUCUGCUCAGCACAGCCACACCAGCUAUUGGAGCCUGGCUGGUUCCCAUCGACCAGCUGAAGUCUUCUCUCCGCAAGCUGGACAUGGAGGGCACGCUGCGCGUGUGCGCCGUCAUGGGCUGCAUCAUGACGGAGGCUCUCGAGAAGAAGAGCAUCCACAUCCCCAUCCGCAGCAAAUACAACCGCGUGACCAAGCGAGGUCGCUACCUGCAUGAGAAUCCCUCCUGUAUGCUCUGCAACAUCCUGCACCGCUACCUGCAGCAAGCCGACUACUCUGUGAUCGAGGAGGCCACCAUGAACGACGGCGUCCCGGCUCUCGUGACCCUGAAGAAGGGUUUAGUGGCCUUGGCCAGACAAUGGAUGAAGUUCAUCGUGGUGACUCAGGGUUUCAAGGCCAUUGGUCUGAUGAAACCCAACCAGUUGGGAAAGCCCAAGGAGACGCAGCCGAGCCUCGGUGACACCGGUCUGGGCCUGGACAACGGCGCUGCGCUGCAGAGCGACACCAGCGCCGACGGGGCCGAGUUUGAAUUUGACGCAGCCACAGUGAGUGAACACACCAUGUUGCUGGAGGGAGCCUGCAGUCGCCCCCCGCCCAAAGAGGGCAACUCUGGUCCCGUCAGCGGAGUGGAGAUCAUGAGGAAGCUCUCCAAGUCCCACGCACACAGCGAGUCUGCGCUUAGAAUAAAGGGCUCGCACCCCUACCAGUCUCUGAGCUACACCAGCGGCGACACGGCGGCCGACUCGCCGGCGCACGUGAGCCGCGCCGGCCUGCCGGCCAAGGACAGCCCCAGGAAGGAGAGUCUCCUGAGCAACCUGACGGGCAGCUUCCGCAGCCUGCACAACCUGCUGGAGGGAACGCCUCAGAGGAACGAGCCGUCUGCGGCCACCACGGCCAAGAGCAGCUCCCUCACCCGCACAGGAACCGACGUGCUGACUGAGCACCCGCUGCUCUCCGAGCCCUCACCCGUCAGUUUCUACAACUGGAUGUCCAACGCUGUGGGGAACCGCACUGGAGCCACGACCCAGGAGUCUCCCGUUAACCGCUCGCUGCACAACAGCCUGCAGACAGGUGGGAUGUGCAACCUGCCCACCAUCCCUUCAGCGUCGGACUUCAACACGGUCCUGUCCAGCGACCAGAACACGCUGGACGGGACCCAGUCCCAGCAUUCCCAGCACAGCACCAGCCAGGACGACCUGGUCGACAUCGAGGAGGGAAACCAGUGUCCGGCUGCCGUACAGCUGGCCGACGCCCAGGUUGUUUUCAAGCCUUUGCUGAGCUACACCGGCAUCCAGGCGCAAGAUACCACCCCUCUCAGCUACAAGAUGUACUUUGGGGAGCACUUGUCUUUUUCUGGCAACCUAGAGUGUCUAAGAGCAGACAUCGUCGAUUCUGACGCGUCCAAAGAGCGGAAAAACAAGCGCUCCAGGAGACAAGGGAUGGUGAACCUUCCUCCACUGGAGUUCAAGCCGGCGCUGCUGAUCGAGACGUUCAGCGUGAACGCGGUGGUGAUGGAGAAGUCGGCCACCGCCCCCCAGGGCCCCACCGCGGCGCCGCUGUCCUUCCACGACCUCAACCGCCGCCACUACAACACCUUCCACUGCGACUUCACCACGGCCUGCCAGGCCAUCAGCCAGCGCGUGGACAUGGCCCUGGUUCGCCUCAUCCACCAGUUCAGCACCAUGAUCAACGACAUCAAGGCCACGCAGACGGACAUCAAGCUGAGCCGCUACACCGCCGGCUCGGCCUCGCCCACGCCCACCUUCAGGGCGCGGCCGUACCGCCACUUCCGGUCCUCGGACUUCAGCCGCAGCUCCCGCGGGAGCCUGAACGGGGCGACGCGGAGCGCCACCCAGACUCUGAAGAGCAAGAGAGGGGUGGGCGGGGGGGGAGGGGCAGGCGGGGCCGGGAUGCCUCCUAACGGACCUCCGUCAGGCAUGGACACGCUGGGGAGGAGGGAGCCCAGGGGGCGCAGCACCCUGGGGCGUUCGGAGCGACGCACCUCCAAGGUGUCGAGGAAGGGCUCCCGCGACGUGGCCGACCACAUGGCAAUCCAGAUGGACGACUCGGACUCCAUCACCGUGUCGGAGCAGAGCGAGCCUUCGGCAGAGUGUUGGCAGAACAUGUACAAGCUGCUCAACUUCUACUCUCUCAUCUCCGAUCCCACUGGCAUCCUGGAGAAAAGCUCCCCGGAGAACUGCCUUUCAGAAGGCGGCCGCCGCCCCUCCGAGCCGUUCUGUAAGGUGAUCUUUGAGAACGAGCAGGAGGAACCCACCUCCCCAAACAAGCCGCAGGGGGCCGGCGGCCGGCGCCGCAGCCUGGUGAGCUCCGAGCCCCAACACGUCACCCUCAUCGUGUUCGGCAUCGGCAUGGUGAACCGCACGCACCUGGAGGCCGACAUCGGCGGCCUCACCAUGGAGGCAGAGCUGAAGAAGAUCCACGGCAGUUUCACACUGAAAGAGAAAAUGAAAGACAUCCUCCAUCAGAAAAUGACCGAGACGUGUGCGUCGGCUCACAUAGGAGGGGUGAACAUUGUUCUGCUGGAGGGGAUAACGCCCGACAUUCAACUGGAGGAUUUCCCAACAUCUCCCACGAGCACUGCUAAGCAGGAGUUUCUAACGGUUGUCAAGUGCAACAUCGCCAAGUCUCAGGCUCUGUACAGCGCCCAGCGGGGCCUGAAGACCAACAACGCUGCCGUCUUCAAAGUGGGAGCGAUCAUGAUCAACAUCCCUCAACACCCGGCCACUCUGCACAGCAUGAUGGUGCGAAGUUCCCACCAGCUCUCCAAGCAGAUCUCCGAUCUCAUCCGACAGCCCUCCAAUGUUCAACCUCCUAAUCGGGAGGACACGCCCACUCCACAACCGUGCGACAAAGCUUCCAGCAUCAAUCAGACGCCCGUUGAGGCCAAUGAGUUCCCCCAGCUUCCCGAAGGCCUGGAAAAGAAGCCAAUUGUCCUCAAGUUCAGUGCCAUGAUGGAUGGCAUCACCAUCGGAGCUGCCCUGCUGCCUUCGCUGAAGGCGGAAUACAAAGUGGGCCGCAUGAAGAGCCACGGCAUGACAGGAGCCCAAACGAGCUUCACCUUUGAGUUGCCAAACCACAAGCUUUGCUUCCAGUCCAAAGUGUCUCCAUCAGACAUGUCCACCAUGUCUCCGUCCGCCAGCCUCACGCUGCCCCCGGUCACCAUGUCGGGAGAGUACAUCAUGGAGGAGCACGAGAGCCACUCGGACCAGGGCUGGGCGCCGGACGAGCUCCCGCUGAAGCAGGGAAACUACCUGCAGGGCAACUACCUGCGCUGUGUUGCUGAGAUCGGUUCAUUUGAGCACAACCUGACCACAGAUCUGCUCAACCACCUGGUGUUCCUGCAGAAGGUGUUCAUGAAGGAGGUCAAUGAAGUCAUACAGAAGGUUUCAGGUGGAGAGCAGCCCAUCCCGCUGUGGAACGAGCACGACACCUCCACGGAUCCGGAAAAGCCCAAAAUUCUGCUGUAUUCCCUCAGCCUCAUGUUCAAGGGGAUCCAGAUGACAGCCACCACUCCCUCCAUGCGGGCCGUGCGCUUUGAGACGGGCCUGAUCGAGCUGGAGCUGUCCAACAGGAUCCAGUGCAAGGCUCAGCCGGGAGGCAGCAGCAGCUACCUCAAACUGUUCGGCAAAUGUCAGGUGGACCUCAACCUGGCCCUCGGACAGAUAGUCAAGCACCAGGUGUACGAGGAAGCCGGUUCCGACUUCCACCAGGUGGCGUACUUCCGGACUCGGAUCGGUCUGCGGAAUGCGCUGCAGGAAGAAAUCAGUGGCUCUUCAGACAAGGAGGCGGUUCUCAUAACACUCAACAGGCCCAUUGUUUUCGCCCAGCCAGUGGCGUUCGAUCGAGCUGUGCUCUUCUGGCUGAAUUACAAAGCAGCGUAUGACAACUGGAAUGAGCAGCGCCUGGCCCUCAACAAGGACAUCCACAUGGCCACCAAAGAGGUUGUGGACAAGCUGCCAGGCAUCCAGCAGACGUCGGCCCAGGCCUUCAGCACGCUCUUCCUGCAGCUGACCGUCAACGACCUGGGUAUAUGCCUGCCUAUUACCAACGCAUCCCAGAAAGGACAAGUACCUGUUGGGCAGGAGGCCAACAACUCUGCAGCUGAGGCCAGCACAUCAGUGGGCCAAGAAAAAAAUUCACGAAAAGCCAACCACAGCAUCGACUUCGACACCGGCUCGGCUCUGGUCCUGACCAUCGAGAGCACGCUGAUCACCGCCUGCUCCUCCGAGUCUCUUGUGAGCAAGGGACACUUCAAGAACUUCUGCAUCCGCUUCGCCGAGGGCUUUGAGACCUCCUGGGACGACUGGAAGCCCGAGAUCCGCGGAGACCUCGUCAUGAAUGCCUGCAUAGUCCCAGAUGGUACAUAUGAAGUGUGUUCCAGGACUACGGGGCAAUCCGCUGCAGAGAGCAGCAGCGCCGGCACCUGGACUCUGAACGUCCUCUGGAAAAUGUGUGGAAUCGACGUGCACAUGGACCCCAACAUCGGCAAGCGCCUCAACGCCCUGGGCAACACGCUGACGUCGCUGACAGGCGAGGAGGACGUGGACGACAUCACCGACCUGAACUCCGUCAACAUGGCCGACCUGUCGGAUGAGGAUGAGGCCGACACCAUGUCGCCCACCGUCCACAUGAGUCCAGAGAGCCUGUUCAGCCCCCGGCUGACCUUAAAGAAGCGUCUGGUAAACCACAUCCUGGGCCUGAGCCCCAGGCCCCAGAGUGUGUCCGUCCCUGCGGACUACUUAAACUGUGCCACCCCUUGCCUGCAAGCGGGCCGAGCCAGGGCCCAAAGACCCCUCUCCUGGGCCUGUGAGACGAUCGACCCCCGGAGGCAGGCGUUGAUGGGGAACCAGCUGAUGGAUGCUCGUGGGAGGAAGUUCACCAAGAGGGUGGUGGACAUCCGCGAACUGAACGAACAGGCCAAAGUCAUCGACGACCUCAAAAAAUUGGGAGCGAGUGAAGGCACCAUCAACCAGGAGAUCCAGCGCUACCAGCAGCUGGAGUCGGUGGCCGUCAACGACAUCAGGAGAGACGUCAGGAAGAAGCUGCGUCGCUCCAGCAUGAGAGCGGCUUCUCUAAAGGAUAAAUGGGGUCUUGGCUACAAGCCGAGCUACAACCGCUCCAAAAGCAUCUCCACAGCAGCCGGCCGGCCGCCUCUGAAGAGGAUGGACAGACAAAGCUCCAGGAUCGGAGAUCCGGAUGAUUUCCCAGAUAUCCGCGUGGAUGCAUCCUCCCCUGGACCGCGAGUUACCUUCAACAUCCAGGACUCGGCUGUGGAUCCUGCACAUUCCCCCGUCAGUCCAGGAGAGGUAUUUAAGUUUCCUGAGGAGUCAGAGGUGGACCUGUUGUCAGUCACCACCGACGAACCAUCCCAUCUUCAUCACCUUCACCUCCAUUCUCCAUCUGCGGAGGGCCGGCAGUCAGUGUUCAGUGCCCCCGCCACCCCCGCUGUCUUCUCACCCACACUUCCCUUCCAGCACGAUGACAUGAGGCGGGACGACCUGUCCUCUUCGUCCUCCGAGGACUCGGAGAAGGAGGACGAGUUUGAGCGCGAGAGACCGCCGAACAUCCGCAGGCUCUUCCAAACGCCUCACCGGAAGACCUCGGGCUUCUCUGCCGUGAGUCAGCUGUUCAGCGAGCGCUGGCCGGGAACGGCGGCCGGCCGCAGCUUCAGCGGCCCGGCCACGGAGAGAAACAUCGACUUUGAGCUGGACGUCCGCGUGGAGAUCGAUAGCGGGAAGUGCGUCCUCCACCCCACGACCCAGCAGGUGGACCACGAGGACGUUUCCCUCAGGAGGAGCUGCGAGCGCAGCCUCAAGAGUCUGGACCAGGAGUCCCCGCCCAAGAAGAAGAAGCUGCAGCCCAACUACACCUCCACCUCCACCACCCACCUCCUGGCUGGAAAGAAAUGCCCCUCCUCCCUGCAGACCAAAUCCAACGACAUGGAGACCACAGUCUUUUACAUUCCAGGGGUCGACGUCAAGCUGCACUACAACUCUAAGACCUUGAAGACCGAAUCUCCCAACGCCUCCCGCGGAUCCUCGCUUCCCCGCACUCUCUCCAAGGAGUCGAAGCUGUAUGGUAUGAAAGAUAACGGCCCUACAAACCCCCCCAAUGCAGUGCAAGGCAAGACUAACUCGCUCCUACCUCCCCCACCCCCACCUAUUCCAUCAGCCAAAGGAAAGAGCAGUGGGGGGGUAAAGAUGGCCAAACUGUACGCCUGGGUGGCCCUGCAGACCCUGCCCGAGGAGAUGGUCAUCAGCCCCUGUUUACUGGACUUCCUGGAAAAAGCCCUGGAGACCAUUCCCAUCACCCCCGUGGACAGGAACUACACCGCUGUGGCCUCCCAGGAGGAGGACAUGGGCCACUUCGAUCCCGUAGAAAAUCUGGAGGAAUCCACAACCUCCCUGGUCUCCUCCUCCACAUCGGCCUACUCCUCCUUCCCCGUAGACGUGGUCGUCUACGUCAGAGUCCAGCCUUCCCAGAUCCGCUUCAGCUGCCUGCCAGGGUCCAGGGUGGAGUGUAUGCUCAAGCUGCCCUCCCUAGACCUGGUCUUCUCCUCCAACCGCGGAGAACUGGAGACCCCGACGGGCGUGCACCCUCCGGACGGAGCUCACCCACCCUCCUCCACCCCACCCGGGCAACACGUCCCCAAAGUUCCUCCCAGCAAAGCUUCUCCGUUGUUGGGCAGCCCGCUGGGCCGGAGUCGCCACAGCAGCAGCCAGUCGGACCUCACCGGACCCCCGACCAACUCCUCGGGCCUCAGCUUCACCGCCUGCAUGUCCGACUUCUCCCUCUUCGUCUUCCAUCCCUACGGCGCUGGAAAGCAGAAAUCAGCUGUUACAGGGUUGCCUCCCGGCCCGGGCCCGUUAGGUUCAGUGGAUGAGGAGCCCUCCUCGGUGACGGGAAGAAAGGACUCUCUGAGUAUCAAUCUGGAGUUCGUGAAAGUCAGCCUAUCCAGGAUCAGGCGCACCGGAUACCCCACCUUCACCGAAAGUGCAAUCCCCCUUAAAGGCGGCAAAAUGGAUACAACCCUCAUCAACAUCUCAGCUGUGUGUGACAUCGGCUCAGCGUCCUUCAAGUACGACAUGAGACGACUGAGCGAGAUCCUGGCGUUCCCCAAGGCUUGGUACCGCCGCAGCAUCGCCAGGCGGCUCUUCCUGGGAGACCAGACCAUCAACCUUCCAGCCUCCGGCCCCGCCACCCCGGACUCUGCUGAAAACAUCACCCAGCACCUCAGCCCCGAGUCCAGCCGGAAGGCUUACUGGAGGACGUGGGACGGCAGCACCGGCACGCAGCACAUGCCCCAGUCUCCCAGCGUCUUCUCGGAGCACGCCGCCGGCAGCAACAUGUCCCCCGGCCUGGGUCACCUCAAAUCCCCGGCCCCCGGCCGCACCCGCAGCGUGUCCGACUCCUCCGCCCCCAGGAGAGAUUCGGUGACGAGGACGUCCACUCCUACCCUCAGUAAGAAUGGGAAGGCAGCCGGCCAGCAGGGGUCUCCCUGGGAGACGCUGGUGGUGUUCGCCAUCAACCUGAAACAGCUCACCGUCCAAAUGAACAUGAGCAACGUCAUGGGAAACAACACCUGGACGACCAGCGGGCUGAAGAGUCAGGGCCGCCUGUCUGUGGGCUGCAACCGCGACCGGGAGAUCAGCAUGUCUGUGGGCCUCGGCCGCUCCAAACUGGACUCCAAGGGGGGAGUGGUGGGCGGCAAUAUCGACGUCAACACCCUGGAGAUGGUCUCCCACAUCUCGGAACACCCGAACCAGCAGCCCAACCACAAGAUCCAGAUCACCAUGGGCUCCACGGAGGCGCGAGUGGACUACAUGGGCUCCAGCAUCCUGAUGGGCGUGUUCAGCAACGCCGACCUGCAGCUGCAGGACGAGUGGAAGGUCAACCUGUGCACCUCCGACAACAGCCCAUCAGAGAAAAGUGAGAUCUUUGUCCAUGGGGACUUGCAGUGGGACAUUUUCCAGGUGAUCAUUUCACGCUCCACCACACCAGACCUCAUCAAGAUCGGCAUGAAGCUGCAGGAGUUUUUCACUCAGCAGUUCGACACCAGCAAGCGGGCCCUGUCCACGUGGGGUCCGGGCCCCUACCUGCCCCCCAAAACCCCCGUCAUAAACACUGAUAAAGGAUCUACUGAACUCUACAUGGACGCGGCCCAUCACCGCCACUGGCCCGGGGUGCUGAAGGUUAUCGCCGGCUGCCACAUCUCCCUCUUCCAGAUGCCUCUGCCCGAGGACACGAUCCAGCUGGGGGGGUGGAUGAGCCUCCACGGCAACCACAUGACGCUGGCCUGCUUCCACGGGCCCAACUUCCGCUCCAAGUCCUGGGCUUUGUUCCACCUGGAAGAGCCCAACAUCGCCUUCUGGACCGAAGCGCAGAAGAUCUGGGAGGACGGCACCAAAGAUGGUUCGACCUACAUCGUCCAGAGGUUGGACUUUCAUCUCGGCCACAACACCAUGGUGACGAAACCUUGCGGCGCCCUCGAGAGCCCAAUGGCCACAAUAACCAAAAUCACUCGGCGCCGACACGAAAACCCUCCUCACGGCGUCGCUACGGUCAAGGAAUGGUUCAACUACGUCACUGCCAUGAGGAACGAAGAGCUUAACUUGCUCAGGAACGUGGAAGCCAACAACCAGGAGAGCGGAGUGGCGGCCAAAAGCUCCAGUCUGCUGAGCAGCUUCCGCAGCUCCUCCAGCUACAACCAUGAGACAGAGACCAUCUUCGCACUUCCCAGAAUGCAGCUGGACUUUAAGUCCAUUCACGUUCAGGAUCCAGAUGAGCCAAUUCUAACAGAUGCCGACAGCAAACCCAAGGUGGAGUGCAGCGUCGUGACGGAGUUCACCGACCACAUCUGCGUCACCAUGGACGCCGAGCUGAUCAUGUUCCUGCACGACCUGGUGUCGGCCUACCUGAAGGAGAAGGAGAAAGCCCUCUUUGCCCCGCGGAUGUCCGCUGUUCGACCGGGUCAGAAAAGCCCAACGGCCCUCAACGACAACGGCUCCGACGACAAGGACAAGGACGACGGCAUCAACUACACCACGGUGGACUGGAGGGAGUUCAUAUGCAACACCUGGCACUUGGAGCCCACGCUCAGGCUCAUCUCCUGGACGGGGCGGAAGAUCGACCCCGUGGGCGUGGACUACAUCCUGCAGAAACUGGGCUUCCACCACGCCAGGACCACCAUCCCCAAGUGGCUGCAGAGGGGCGUGAUGGACCCGCUGGACAAGGUGCUGUCCGUGCUCAUCAAGAAGCUGGGCACGGCCCUGCAGGACGAGAAGGACAGGAAAGGUCGGGACAAGGAGGAGCACUGAGGAACAACCCAACACUGGAAUCAAAGCUGAGCACUGGAUCACCGUACCUUUACCCUUACGUCUUACAAGCUAAACCCUGUGAGUUCCUGCGUAGCUGUUUACCGUGGAGCUCGCCACCCGCAGCUCCAACCAGAGCAUUUUGCACCGAUUUUACUUUCUGUACAUUUUGAGCCGAGUAGCCGUUGUUAGUAUUGUUGAGCUGCUAAACAGCGCGGCGUGUCCUACCUGUUGUAAACGACCUCACCGAAACCACUUGAACGUUUUAAUUUAAAGCUUACCGGUAGUUCAUGAGACAUGACUUCCUAAACCAUUGCCUUGUCUUUGUUUCCCAUGGAACACACGCUAGGUAUGCUUUCUGUAAGUAACAGCGUAGCUUUCUGAUAUUUAAGAACAGUUCGGUGACUGCGUUUUUUUUAUUUUUUGGGAGUGUUUUUAUUUUGUUUUUGUUUUUUUUUUCCGACAUGAACAAUAAGAUGCUUGGGAGACGGCGGGAUGUCGCCCGCUCAGAAACCAGGACGCUUGUAAUUAUCAUUUGAACAAAGACGAUUAUUUAUGCCUAUGUGGAAUGAAAAGUCAGUACGAUGUUGUAGCUUGGUGUGUCAAGCUUCUUUUCUUUUCUUUAUUUUUUUUGUCUUUUUUAAUCCACAAAGUAGAACCGAUGUACAUAGUUAAAUUUCUUAAAUGUGUUGAUUUCUUAACUUAAUA